AUGGCUCCGCCAAACCCUGUCCCGGAGCAUACCAUCGAGCGCACCCGAGAGUAUGAGGCCUUCAUUGAGGAAUUGCGCUCCUUCCACGAGGAGCGCGGUACCAAUUUCGACCCCGAACCAAAGAUGGGCACUAUGAAUGUCGACCUCUACCAACUGUUCAACUAUAUUGUCGAGAACGGCGGCUACGACAAGGUUUCGGACGAAAAGCUCAUGUGGCGUAAGAUGUGCGAAGGCCUGGGUUUGAUGCGACACAACGCGCCGGCAGAUGCCUACACGCUGAAGCAGAUAUUCUACAAGAACCUGGCUGCGUACGAGAUCAAGAAAAUCCACAACCAAGAGCCGCCGCCGCCCGAGAUUCUUGAGUUCACCACCGCAAAGGGCGGUUCGCUUCUUACUCGCACGCUGGAGAACUUCCAGGCCAAGGGCAGGGGCGACAAGGAUGAAUCCGGCGACGAUGGGACCCCGAGUAGAGAGCGCCGUGCCGACGAGACACCCGGCUCCGGCCGUGCAUCCCGCGGCCUCAGAGAAGCCCCGGCUCCCCGCGUCAUUUUCCAUCCCGACACAAACUCGUCUCGGCAGACGAGGCAACCGUCCGGCCAUCAACCCGCAGAUGCCAAUACGCCGUCUCAGCCGCAAUCGCAUCCUCACCAUCGUCAUCCUCACCACCCUCACCCUCGGCCCCAGCCCAUGUCCCAGAACAACACCCCCAUUCCAGUGCACGCGGCACCCCAUCCGCACCCGAACCGUGGCGGCGCCUCGCAUGGAUUCAACCCCACCCCUCUCGACCCGGCCAGUGCUCUUGUACAAAACUACCAGCCACCUCCCCCUCAGCAGCUGCAACUCCGUAUUGUGGAUACCCCUGCCAGCAACCCCGAUAUAUUUACCAGGGGGCAACGGAUGCUGAGGCAACCGCCCUCCUAUACUUCCUCCAGCACGUCAACCCUAAUACGUGCCUCUAUUCCUGCGGGGAGCCUCGACGGGCCUAAUAUUUAUGAGCGAUGUCUCUUAGCGCUGCGUUCCGGAAUCCGGGCGGAGCAGGCCUAUGGUCUCAACCACCUGGUCAAGAUAUCAUAUGAGCGCGGUGACAAGUACAAGUUCUCCCAAUUCUCGGGACUUGCCGAGGGUCUGACCGAGUUUGCACUCGGAGUUGGAAGCCUAUUUUACGAUGUAGAAUGGGCUAUUUCUAACGACCCCGAGCUUGACGAGGGUGCGAUCGGUGACCUCGAUGGGAUCAAUGGAUCCUCGGACAUCCUAGAGAGGAUCGCCCAACUCGAGCCCAAGGAUGUCCAGGACAACUUUCAGCCCGCCGAGUUUACCGAUCACCUGACCUUGAUCACCGAGGCCGUCCUGACCAUCCGCAACAUGGUUAUGCUCCAGGAAAAUGCCUGGUUCAUGGCCGAAUAUCCCACCUUAAAGGAUUUGCUGUGUAUUCUUCUGUGCCUCCCAAACAUGGAUAUCGUUGUAGAACUCAAGCACUUCGCGCUUGAUAUUGCCGAGCAGAUAACGCCAUACUUGGUACUCGACUCGGAUGAUGCUCUUUACAAGACCUUGCUCGCCCAGCUCAGCUCCAACGACCGGGGUACCAUUCUGACCGCGCUCCGAGCCAUCGAUCGCAUUUCAAUGAGCCAUCCUACCGAAACUAACAAGCUCAGCGGAGUGCCGCCAGCUGUGCUCCAAAACCUCAUGGACUGGCUUCUGCUAAACGACGAUGAGUUGAUGGACUCUUGUCUCGACUUUCUCUAUCAGUACACAGCGGUAGUCCCCAAUUUGGAGGUUCUACUAAGGUGCACCAAUGUCGAGCACCUCGUUAUGCACCUUACUCGCCUCUUGUCUCACGGCGCGAAACGGACAAACAAGGAGAUCACCGUGAGUGAGGCCCACAUUGCUUACGAUGUCCCGUCUGAGGAUCAAGUUGCACCUAUCCCCCGCGACCUUUUGGAACGGCUCCUGUCUAUGGAAGAGCACGAGCGCUGUUAUGCGUGGCUGAGGUGCUUCUUCGAAGAAGACCCGGACUCGCAGAUCACCCAGAUUGCCAUUUGGCAAGCAUAUAACGCUGCGUUUGUUGACCCGCUCAAGCGCAUAAACCGGGGCAUGCUAAACGCUGCCGAUUUUAUACGAAAUAUCAGCACUGUCUAUCAGACCGCCGGGGCGCAGAUCGUCCGAGACCAGGGCCCAAACGGGGAGGUCCAGAAGUUUAUUAUUAGGGGUAUUAAACCUCGACCUCACCCUAUAAGCCCAGAGGGACGAGAGUACUUCCAGUGCUCGUGGGCGCGCGUUCCUGGAAGCCAAGUCAAGUGCGGUGUCUUGAACCUCUCAGUCGAGAAGAUGUGGGAACACAUACUAAUGGAUCACAUCGGCGAAACCCGCGGCGAGGACAACAAGUUCCCAAACCGCGAAGGCUUGUUUACCUGCUCGUGGGGCAUCUGCACGAAGUACCGCAAAUCCACCAAACUCACUCUCGUCCAGUUAAUGGUGCAUAUCAAGACGCAUCUGCGCGCAGAGGAAGCGCUCCAUAUCGCCGCCCAGCACAAGGGCUCGGGCGCCGAUAUGCAUGCCACCACCCCUUCCUCGGCGUCGUCGGCGCCGAAACGCCCCAUGCCCAAACUCCGCGUCCUCAAACCAGCAAAUACCAUUAUAAUGACGUAUGAGGAGACGGCCAGCGUGCGCGACGAACGCAAUCCCAACGCGCCGCCCCAGGCCGCGGGCAUUCCCCUUUCUGCAGUCCUCAUCCUUCGUAACAUUGCCCGGAAUGUCGUUAAGACCGACUCCGAGGAGGCGCUGCUCAAGCAGCAGAGACUCCAACAGGGUGGCGACGACAGUGACGAUGAGGGCGGCCCUGCCGCUGGCAAAGGGAUUUGGAAUGAGCGCCUCUUCCGCCCCGUCAUGCAGCGCCUGUGGGAGGUGUUUACGGAAAACCGUCUCCUGGCGCCAUAUAUCACCAGUCUGUUCCAGCUGCUAGAACGCGACUGA